AAUUGCCUGAAUAGUGUUGGAGUAGUAGAUCGAGUUAGAGCCGUUCGGAGGAUUGAUAUGGCUUUAACUUUCAUAGCCGGAUCGUUGGCGUCGGCGAUCAUCGGGAAGCUCGUUGAUACAUGCUUUUCCUACAUCAAAGCUUACCCGGCGCUGCGAGGCGUGCGGGACGAGCUGGAAAGGCUGCAGCUGGCCCUUCCGCAGAUCCAGACAGUCUUGACUGCCGUAGAGGAGGCGGCGUCGAUUGCAGAGCAGAACGAGGCGCUGGAUACGUGGCUGUGGCAGCUCAGAGAUGCUGUGGAGAACGCGGAGGACGUGCUCGACGAGCUGGAGUACUACGAGCUGAAGAAGACUGUACGAGAUCGAGAUGACAAGGUGCGUGGCAUUUUCUCUAAAUGCAAGAAAAAGUUUGACCAUUUUGUUGAUCGUAAAUUUAGCAAAGGCACAUUGAAGCGGUUGAGGGAGGCCGUCAAGGGGUUAGAUAGGGUCGUUGCCGGCAUGGGGCCACUAGUUCAACUUGUUGCUGGGUUAUAUGGUCCUAGUGUUAAGCGUCAAAAGCUCGAGGAAAUCAAGAAUGCUCGCGAGACUAGCUCCUUGGUAAUCAAAAGUGAGGUGCUCGGACGAGACAAGGAGACAGGCCUGAUAGUCGAAUGGCUGAUCAAAUCGAGAGAUGCCGAUGUUGAUGUCUCCGCUUUUACAAUUGUUGGUAUGGGUGGGCUCGGGAAGACUACUCUUGCUCAACUAGUCUAUUGCGACGAAAGGGUGCGAGAGUACUUCGACCCGAUUAUGUGGGUUUGCAUUUCUCAGGAUUUCGAUGUAACUGUGAUAACAAGAAAGAUUUUAGAAUGUGUAAGUAAUGAGAAUUUUGGCGACAAGAGUCUACAUGCACUCCAUGAGAAUCUUAAACAAAAACUAACGUCGAAUAAGUUUCUACUCAUACUGGAUGAUGUUUGGAACGAUGAUAAAAUGACGGAGUGGGAGAAAUUGGUUGCUCCUUUGAAAUUCGGACAGAGAGGAAGCAAGAUCCUGUUGACAACUCGAAUGGGUUCAGUUGCGAAUAUGGCGGCAAAAGUGAUGAAAUGCAAACGGCAAUCAUUAAAUCUAAAUGAGUUGGAGGAGAGCGACUAUAUGUCGCUUUUCAAUAAGCAUGCAUUCCUUGGUGUGAACCCUGAUUAUUAUAGAAACUUGCAACCGAUUGGUGAACAUAUAGCGAAGAAACUUGGAGGAUGCCCACUAGCAAUAAAGGUCAUGGGAGGAAUGCUGAACUCCUACAUGGACUAUGAAUAUUGGAAGAAAAUCUUGGAAGAAGACAUCAUGAAAUUACAACAAGGAAAGGACGGCAUCAUGACAGUUUUGAGAUUAAGCUACGAUCACUUACCCACAAACUUACAACUCUGCUUUAGAUAUUGUAGUUUAUUUCCACAGGAUCAUAUGUUUAAGAGGAACAAGUUGGUCAAUAUGUGGCUUGGUUCAGGUCUGAUUCCGCAAUCUAUUUGUGGCAGGCAAAGGCCAGAGGAUAUCGGAAAUGAGUAUUUAAAUCUUCUGACAAAAAAAUCAUUCUUUACUUGCAAAACCAGUGAUAAUGGGUUAAAAAUUACUAAAGAGUAUUUUAUGCACGAUCUACUGCAUGACCUAACACAAUCUGUUUCUCUAGGAGAAUGCAUCAGAGUAGGAGGUGAUGUUGCAGGAAUUACUAUUCCACGGACAGUUCGACAUUUAUCUGUUGAAACAGUCAAUCUUCUUUCUAUCAGAGAGAUCUCCAAUCUUAAGAACGUGCGCACUCUAGUCAUUUCUGUUAGGGAGGAUAAUAAGCAUAAUGCAGAUCAUGCACUUGAAUUUUUCGAGGUUAUAAAAGGGUUUAAAAAGUUACGCUUAUUGAUCUUAGAUGUGAAGUUUGACCCUCAUAAACUGCCCGAUGCACUUAGUAGCUUGAUACACCUCCGCUACCUAUCUCUUUCACUAUGGAAAAUUAUGAGUGGAAGUAUUGUAUAUGAUGGCUUGACCAACUUGGUCAAUUUGCGUUCAUUAGAUGUUUCCGAUGAUGUGAUACAAAAUAUUCCUUAUAUUAGCAAAUUACCCUUCAUCGACAAAUUACAAAAUUUUAUUGUUCGAGAGGAGAGUGGUUACAAAAUUGGUGAACUAAAGAACCUAAGAGACCUUUGCCAUCUAUGUAUUAGAGGACUUGAAAAUGUAAGGACUUCUGAAGAAGCCAUUGAGGCCAAGUUGAAUGAGAAAGAAUAUCUCAAAUCACUAUCAUUAGAAUGGUCCGCAGACCACUCCAAUAGUGCAGAGGCAGAUGAGCAGCUCCUCAAUAACCUCUGCCCACAUAUCAAUCUCAAGAAAAUGCGCAUCAAACAAUACCAAGGUGCUAAAUCUCCAUGUUGGAUGACAAAUUUGUCUCUUGUCAACUUAACAUCCAUCGAACUGAUUGAUUGUAAAGGAUGGGAGCACCUCCCGCCUCUCGGGCAGUUUUCUUUGCUCCAAUAUCUUCGCUUGUCAAGACUGCAUGCAAUAAAGCAAAUAGAUUGUUCAUUCAUCAAAAGCAUCAUCAAAAGCAGCAGUGGAUAUGCCUUUCCAUCGUUGAAGGAGUUGCUGUUAUGGGACAUGCCUAACUUGGAGGAGUGGAUUGGAGUAGAUGAUGCGUGCAUGUUUCCUCAACUUCAUUAUAUGGAUAUAACUAACUGCCCUAAUUUGAGGGAAAUUCCUACUCUGCCUUAUAGUCUAAGACGAUUGCAAAUUUCAAAUGUCGGCUUGACCGCUCUUCCAACAAUAAAUCAGGAUUACGCAAACAACAAUCAGCAAGAACAUUUUCAGGCUCUUGAAAAGUUAGUCAUCAAACAAUGUGAGAAGCUCGAAUAUGUUCCACCAGAGUUUUUUGGGAAAUUCAAAGCCAUAAAAUUAUUGCAUAUAGUAAAUUGCCCGAAGUUGACAAAACGUGGGAUCUCAGACAUCCAACUGCCCUCUAUACUCAAUCAUCUCACUAUUGGGUCAUGUGGCGACCUUGAGGCGCCACUGCUGUGGUCAGCAGAUUUAACCUCUCUUACUAAGUUGAAAUUAGUCAAUUGCGCAAGCAUAACAUCCCUUCCCCCAGCACAAGUGUGUGCACGGUGGACGAUGCUUUCCUCUUUAGUGAUAAAGAACUGCAAAGAACUGUCAUCAUUUGGUGGAAUACCAGCUCUCGUAUCCCUCCGUUCUUUAGAAAUUAGAGGGUGUGACAAGCUAAUUGACGUUGCCCUGCUGCUGCAGCCUCCGUUCCCAAACGAUGUCGGCCAAAAACGGAAUGCAGUAGUGGACUGCUUUUUGAAGAAUGGUAGACUAUCAAUUGACCACCAUGCGCUCCUGCUCAUGGAGCCAUUAAGAAGUCUCUCUUCCAUCAGCCAUUUCACUUUCUCUAAUGCUUCACAACUCACCAGCUUACCUGAGGAAUGGCUACUACAAAAUCACGCUGCCCUCAAAUUUUUACGAAUAUGGAAUGCAAGCUCCCUUCAGUCCCUCCCCCAGAGCAUGACAAAACUGUGCUCCCUCGAGUGUUUAGAAGUACUGAAUGCUAAUCUCAUCCAGUCUCUUCCAGGUCUGCCUACUUCACUGCGUACUCUACUCAUUUAUGGGUGUCACCCUGUGUUGGAGGAGCGAUGCCAUGAGAAUAUAGGCCUUGAUUGGCCCAAGAUUGCCCACAUCCCUUGCAAGAUAAUUAAAUAGCUAGCAUUUGCAGAGGUGAUGAUGAUGAUGCAUUUUGUAUGUUUACUUUACCACCCUUCAUCUCGCCCCUGCUACUCUCUGCGAUUAACGCAAUUCAUUUCGAUUUUAAUGAGCUGCAUCUCGUUCGAUCUUAAUUAACAAGGUUAUCUAAUUUGUUUCAGGAUUACUUACCUUUUUUUCUCAGAUAAUGCAAGAGCAAUCAGGUUCGUCUUUAAUUAGCAUCCUCCAUUAGGAAUUUUGUAUAUGUUCUUACCCUUAUACUUUAUGGUUUGGAUACAUAAUAAGGGAAUAUAGCGCUAAUUAAUUGCGCCCUGUGAUUAAUACAUGAUGUUAUGCUCACAGGACGGAUUGGUCUUGUAAAACAAACAAUGUAAUGAAUACUACAUUUGUUGCUACCAUAUCAGUUGCAUUCUAAAGUUAAAUAUGACUAAUUACGCAGUAAUUUCUCUCUAGAGGUGCAAAUAAGACUGAAGUCUUGCUCAUGAGUUAGAACAUAAGAGAAGCGUGACAAAAGCUUUUUAAGUUUGUUAAAUUUCUUGGUGCAGGGCUAUAGUAAUGGUAUGGCACUCCUGUAUAUAUUUCUCUCAAUUUUUUCAAAAAUAUAAAACAAGAGUACAGUUUUGCUGCUUACGUUCUAUUUUGGUAGUGCAGGAACAUGUAAGGAUUAGGACUCCUUAUUGGCGCUCAGAUCUAUUUUUUCCUUAUCAGGCUAAAAACAAGAUUAAAAUCAUACUAUUUAAUUACUUAUUCUCUCUGUUUUUUGUUUUUCAGUGCAUGAGUUGAAAAAAAAAAACUAAUAUUGUAGUCUAUCAAUUUCAUUGUAGGAGCAAAAAGAUGGCUAAACUCUUACUGCUUAUGUUCGUCUAUUUAAUUAGUACUGGACUCAUAUAUGGCUCCCAUAUAUGGUCAUGGUCUAUCAAUUUAUUCAUAAGAUUACGAGAAAAAAACUAAUUUCUUGCUGCAUGCUUGUGUUCUUCAGUUUUGUUGGUGCAGGAUCAAAGUAAGAUUCCAUGCGUUUUGUGUGUGUGUAGCAGCCAAACUGAUGUAAAAUCUUUAAGAAAGACAUUGCCCUCUUUUGCGGCAGGGAGAUUAAAUGCUUCAAUUUUGUUUCCCCUCAAUUUAUAUGCGUAUAUAUUAAAGAUAAUUUUGUGUUUGAUGCCUGUACCAAUAGCAAAUCUCAUAGCCUGGUCAUAAGGUUGUUUUGUCUUGUGUAUUAUCCAAUGAAGUUGUUAAACAUUGCUUUACAAUGUGUUUCAAAUUAUUAUUGUUUAUUUUUUAGCAGAAUAAUAGGCACCUGCAGGUUAAACUUCUGAACUCAAUUUCAGCAGUAUAAGUCAUACUUCAAGUUUUUUGAAACUUUUUUUUCCAGUUUUUAGUGCAGGUUGUAUCAACAUUCGUAGUAGAUUUGGUGGAUGCUCUGGCGAUAAGACUCUGUCGACUCAUCGUAAGAGGAAAAAUGACGGCUACGCUACAGCAAGCAUCAACUUGCAAUCUUAUCCCGCGGCAUCUUACUUCCAGUUUAUUUACACUUUUUAACAGCACUUCAGUUUCAUUAAAUAUUGAAAAUACACAAAAACUGAGGUGUUACUGCUUAUUUUCUAUGUUUGGUGAAUUGGUGGUGCGAGAACGAAUUAAACACUCUGUUGAUUUCUCCAUAUGUAGGAAUGUAACAAGACCAAAAUAAACGGCCUAUGUAUUUCUAUUUUCUUUAUAUUCUAGGUGGUGUAUGAUUUAAAAACACUCCUAUUACUAUAGUCUAUUACGGAGGAUGGUUAAAAGUUCUA